AAAAAAAAAAAAAAACCAAACAUGUCUUCUCUAAGGUCCACUAUGUCAUAUAAUUCUAAAUCAACCUUUGAUGAGCUUAAAUGGGUGAUUCAUGUCCGAAAAACCCUUGAAGAAGAAUUUGAAGAAGAAGAUGGUGAAUUUUCUGUAACAAUUUUCCAUGUGCCAAAGCUUCUUAUGGCUAGUGAUCCAGAUUCUUAUGUUCCACAACAAGUUGCAAUUGGUCCUUACCAUUAUUGGCGUCAAGAAUUAUAUGAAAUGCAAAAUUACAAGUUAGCAUCAACAAAAAGAUUCCUAAAACAACUACAAAGUCUCAAAUUAGAUCACCUACUUGACCAAUUGACAAAGUUGGAACAAAGGGUCAGAGGAUGCUACCACAAAUUCUUGGAUUUAAAUGGUGAAACUUUAGUUUGGAUGAUGAUUGUUGAUGCAUCAUUUUUACUAGAGUUACUUCAAUUUUAUGCCAUGCAAGAAGGGGCUAAAAAGGUCAUUUUAUCAAAAAUGUCAAAUUUAGUUGACUAUGGUGGUAGAAAAUCAGCUCAUAAUGAAAUUUUAAGAGACCUUGUGAUGUUAGAGAAUCAAAUUCCAUUAUGUGUUUUGAGAAAAAUGCUUAAGUUCAAAUUCUCAUCAAAAGAAGCUUCGGAUGAAAUGUUGGUUUUAAUGUUACUAGGAUUGUUUAAAGAGAUUUCACCUUUCAAGAUGAUUGAAGAUGUACCAAACAUUAAAGUCUCACAAAUUGCACAUUUGCUAGAUUUUUUUUAUAACAUGAUUGUACCAAAAUUAGAAACACAACAAGACAUCAUAAUUGAUGUUGAAAUUCAACAAGAGGAGGAACAACAAAAUGAAGGUGAUGAAAAUUCUAAAGGUAAGUCUAGCUAUGUUAAUCAAUUUUUUAGUGAGCUUUGGAAAAUUCUUUCAAAAUUAAAUAAAGGGCCAAUGAAAUUAAUCAAAAGAGGACUUGUAUCAAGACCACUGAAAGUUCUUGGAAAAAUCCCUUGGAAAAUUAUUACCAAUCUUCCGGGUGGUAAACUUCUAAAAAAACCUAUUGAAAAUAUUUUUUUCUCUCAUGAAAAAAGUGAUGAAAAAAAUGAAAAUGAAAAUCCGACCUCUCAAAUUAACAAUCCACCUUUAAUCGAAGAAAUUACUAUUCCUUCAGUUAAAGAACUCGUGAAUUCAGGUGUACAUUUUUUUCCAACUAGUAAUGGAACAAUAUCAAACAUUAAUUUUGAUGCUAAAACAAGAAUACUUUAUCUACCUAUAAUUGGUUUGGAUGUUAAUACCGAAGUUUUUCUUCGAAACUUGGUUGCAUUCGAAUCAUCGGUCGGGUCAGGACCAUUGGUUAUAACCCGUUACACCGAAUUGAUGAACGGAAUUAUAGACACGGAGGAAGAUGCAAAGAUUUUAAGAGAAAAAGGGAUUAUUUUGAAUCACUUAAAGAGUGAUAAAGAAGUUGCUAAUAUGUGGAAUGGAAUGAGCAAGUCAUUGAGAUUGUCAAAGGUUGCAUUUUUGGAUAAGACUAUUGAAGAUGUUAACAAGUAUUAUAAUAGUAGAUUGAAGGUGAAAAUUUGGAAAUUUAUGAAGUCUUAUGUUUUUGGUUCAUGGCAAUUUUUAACAUUUUUAGCUGCUAUUUUCUUGUUGCUUUUGAUGGCUUUGCAAGCCUUUUGUUCUGUUUAUAAUUGUAGUCGUUUCUUUGGAUCAGCACUACAACAAAAUGAUUGAUUCCAAUGAAGUUUUUUUUUUUGUUCUUGUUUGUAUCAUUUCUUGUUUUUGUUUGUUGAUUGUAUCUAUGAAAUAUUGUUCUUGGAAAAAAAAUGUUGUUAUGCUAUGGAUUGUUAUUGUCUUGA